AUGGUCUCGUUCUCCUCCCCCGGCGAGCCCAAGUCCGCCCUGCCGCUGCGCUCUCUCUCCAACCACAGCUCGUCCUUUGCGCCCGGCUCGCUCGUUCUCGACGACGAUGACGAGCCCAAGCCCAGCGCCUGGCGGAACUUCGUCGACAGCUUCCGUCGCGACCCCAACGGCCAUGUCUCCAAGCCCGGCCAGAUGGGCGUCGACGGCAAGCUGUUUGACCUCGAGGGCGCUGCCGCCAACACCGCCUCGUCGCCCUUGCAGCGGAAGCUCAAGUGUCGCCAUCUGCAGAUGAUUGCCAUCGGUGGCUCGAUCGGAACGGGGUUGUUUGUGAAUUCUGGAAAAUCCCUUGCCAUGGGCGGCCCGGCUUCCCUGCUGAUGGCCUUCACACUUAUCGGUGUCAUGCUAUACUCGACCGUGCAGGCCUUGGGCGAGAUGGCUGUCGUGUUUCCCGUCGCCGGCUCUUUUUCCGCCUUUUCCACUCGCUUUUUGGAUCCUGCCUGGGGCUUUGCCAUGGGUUGGAACUACGCACUACAGUGGCUGAUCACACUGCCCUUGGAAAUUGUCGCGGCGUCAGUCACUGUGUCGUAUUGGCCUUCUAACAUUUCGCCCGCUGCGUGGGUGACCAUCUUCUAUGUGCUGAUUGUCAUGAUCAACUUGUUCGGCGUCAGGACCUAUGGCGAGGCCGAAUUUGUGUUCUCCAUCAUCAAGGUGAUUGCUGUCAUUGGUUUUAUUAUUUUGGGAAUCGUAUUAAACAUUGGUGGUGGCCCCGGCGGGACAUAUAUCGGUGGCCGCUACUGGCGGGACCCAGGUGCUUUCAACCACGGGUUUAAGGGGCUCUGCAGCUGCUUUGUCAAUGCGGCUUUUGCAUUCACUGGAACGGAGCUCGUUGGCCUGGCUGCCGCCGAAGCUGCAAACCCCCGCAAAGCACUCCCAACCGCCGUGAAGCAAGUCUUCUGGAGAAUCACACUUUUCUACAUUGUCGCGCUCACUCUUGUUGGUCUUCUCGUCCCCUACACCGACCCGCGUUUACUACGGCCCGAUAACCAGGCCGAUGCCAAAGCCUCCCCCUUUGUCAUUGCCAUUAAAAACGCCGGCAUCGAAGGGCUGGACUCUGUUAUGAACGUGGUGAUCAUGAUCGCCAUUCUUUCCGUCGGAAACUCCUCUAUCUACGGCUCCUCACGCACCCUAGCUGCCCUGGCCGAGCAGCACCAAGCCCCCCGUUUCCUCGCCUACAUCGACCGCAGAGGCCGCCCCUUAUUCGCCAUCGGCAUUGCGUCUCUACUGGGCCUCCUUGGCUUCCUCGCCGCCUCCUCCAGACAGCAAGAGGUGUUCACCUGGAUGAUUGCCAUCUCCAGUCUCUCGUCCAUCUUCACAUGGGGCUCUAUCUGCCUGGCACACAUCCGCUUCCGGCGCGGCUGGGCGGUCCAAGGCCACACGCUCGACGAACUCGCAUUCACCUCUCAACCGGGCGUGAUCGGUUCGUGGGUGGGAUUGAUCUUCAACAUCCUCGUGCUCGUCGCGCAGUUCUGGGUGGGCAUCGCGCCGAUUAUCCUCAACGAGGGAUCCAAUCCUUCGCUGGCGCGCGCGAAAAACUGGUUCUCGGUCUAUCUCACCGGUCCUAUUGUGAUUCUGUUCUACGUCCCGUAUAAGCUGUGGUUUAGGACGAAAAUCGUCCGUGCGAGAAAUAUGGACCUGAAGACUGGCCGGCGCGAUCUAGAUAUCGCGCAUCUGAUCGCGGAGGAGCGUGCUGAGCGGGCGGGCUGGCCGGUGUGGAAAAAGGUCUUCCAUUUUUUCUGCUAA